UUUAAGGCAAGACAGAGUGACAGACAAUUCUUAUGAUCGUGUACUUUGUAUAUAAGUUCACCAUUCAUGAAUCUCAUCAAAUUAGGAUUGUAAGUCACCUAUAUGUACGUAGAGCCAUAGAGGGAUGAUCUGAGUGAGUUGUACACACAAUUAUCUAUGGAGAAGGGGCAGGAGAUAGCAGCAUCCCCCGGCCGUGCGAAAGUUUCUGAGCAGCACGCCAUUGAUGUAGCCAUCGUGGAGCACGGCAGCGGCGACGGCAAGAGCAUCGAUGCCGCCGGUGCUAAUGCCGAGAAGGAGAGGCUGGCCGUGGUCGAGGAGCCCCAGAAGAAGAAGAGCACCAGGGUGGCAGCUCUUGAUGCCUUUAGAGGGCUUACCAUUGUGGUGAUGAUACUUGUGGACGAUGCCGGCUCGUCUUACGAGCGGAUGGACCACUCGCCGUGGAACGGUUGUACCUUGGCAGACUUUGUCAUGCCUUUCUUCCUCUUCAUCGUCGGUGUCGCAAUCGCCUUCGCCAUGAAGAGAGUUCCAAACAUGGGUGCUGCUGUUAAGAAGGUCAGCGUCAGAACACUGAAAAUGAUCUUCUGGGGCCUGCUACUGCAAGGCGGAUACUCGCACGCUCCAGAUGACCUUGCCUACGGAGUGGACAUGAAGAUGAUAAGAUGGUGUGGCAUCCUCCAGAGAAUAGCUUUGGUGUACUUUGCGGUUGCUCUCAUAGAGGUAUUCACCACAAAAGUGCGGCCUACCACAGUCCGGUCUGGUCCUUACGCCAUUUUCGAUGCAUACCGGUGGCAAUGGUUAGGCGCUUUCAUCGUGCUCGUCAUAUACAUGAUCACAACAUUCUCGCUGUAUGUUCCAGACUGGAGCUUUGUUUACCACAAUGAUGGUGAUAUCAAUGACGGGAAGCGAUUUACGGUACAAUGUGGUGUGAGGGGCCACCUGGACCCGGCUUGCAACGCAGUGGGCUUUAUUGAUAGGCAGGUCUGGGGGAUUAACCAUCUCUAUUCGCAACCCGUCUGGAUCCGAACAAAGGAUUGUACAUUUAGCUCACCAGAAACAGGUAAACUCCGAGAUGAUGCUCCUGCAUGGUGUCUUGGACCAUUCGAACCAGAAGGAUUGUUAAGUUCCAUAUCGUCGAUUAUAUCAGGGACAAUUGGAAUCCACUAUGGCCAUGUUCUAAUCCAUUUCAAGACCCAUAAGGAAAGACUGACACACUGGCUUUCGAUGGGCUUUGCACUCCUCUUGCUCGGCAUUCUCCUCCACUUCACAAAUGCUAUUCCAAUAAACAAGCAACUCUACAGCUUCAGUUACAUUUGCUUCACUGGCGGCGCUGCUGGCAUCGUUCUUUCAGCUUUUUACGCACUGAUUGAUGUUUGGGGCCUGAGAGUACCAUUCUUGUUCCUCGAAUGGAUUGGCAUGAACGCCAUGCUUGUGUUCGUCCUUGCCGCACAGGGAAUAUUUGCUGCAUUUAUGAAUGGAUGGUACUAUGAGUCACAAGAUAAAACUCUUGUUAACUGGAUCCAACAGCAUGUGUUUGUUAAUGUCUGGCAUUCAGAAAAUCUGGGGAAUCUGCUGUAUGUCAUAUUUGGAGAGAUCCUGUUCUGGGGUGUUGUGUCUGGCAUCUUGCACAAAUUGGGGAUUUACUGGAAACUAUGAGACUUCAGUGUGUACAAUGGACAAGCAACAUCUGUUAUUUAUUUUUUUCAGCAGUAAAUUUGGUUGUUCAUUUCCAUGUAACAUUAAUUUGCAUGAUUGUUGUAAAAAAACACUGUGAUAUACGUCUCCUUGCCAUUCUCAAAGUUCUGAACUGCAAA